GCGAAGGCCCGGGAGCCUCGUGCUUUGAUCACUCAGACAGGAAGCGGGAGAGUUCGCCGCUAUGAAUGUGACAUCCGUACUGGGAUAAGCUGUGGCAGGCGUUUUGGGACCUGAUAAUCGAGCUGGGGGUCAGAAGGGGGAUUUAUGGGUUGAGACCUGAGGAAGACUGAAAUUGUUAUUGGGACGGCGGUCCAUGAGGGUCAAUAAUUGAAGGUCUAUGGGGUCAGUGGUGGGGAGUCUCUAGUAUGAGUGUUGGGUAUGUAUGUGGAUCAGUCAUAGGGAGAGCUGUGUUAUUUGUGGGUCAGGGACCGCGGACCUGUGCGCUGAUGGGGUAUCCGUGUGGCCAGUGAUUUGUGGACCUAUAUGGCCAGUGCUGUGAUGGGAGUGGGGCUGGAGGUGCUCUUUGAGAUUUCUGAUUUCUGCACCUGGUGAUUCAGUGAUUUUUAGAGGUUAUUAAUGGGGCCCAGAGCUGAUACAGGUUAGUCCCAGUUUACUGGGAAAUGCCUCACUUUACAGUCUGUGUAGGUCAGAGGCUACUCUCAAGGUGAAGCCCCUCCUCAGAUGUUUUUUUCAAGCCGUCAUCUCUUUCCAUCAUUCAUAUCAUCACAGAAGAAAACAUCCUUUGAAUGUAAGACCAAACAAAUCUAAAGGGACAGGAUUGUUACUGUCAAUUCCGUCGGGCCAAAAACUACCAGGAACACCCUGUAGUUGAAUUUAUUUUGACAAAGCCUGGGAUACCCUAUAUGAAACAGUCUUCCUAUCAUGAGAGGACUCACUUCCUCUAAAUGAGUUCAGCCCAUGUCUGCAUGACCCAUCCUGGGACUGAGAAGAUUACCAGGGUGGCCUGUUAUCCACGUGACUUUUGGUGGUAGUGUUUCUAGACUGGUGAAUGUCAGUUCUGGCUCCAGGAGGCUCCAUUCUAUCUCCUAGUCCUGAUUCCUCAGACCUUUUCCCUUUUGGAAGAGAAGCAGAAGAUGACCAAGUCUCAGGGUCCAGUGUCAUUCGAGGAUGUGGCUAUAGAUUUCACCCAGGAGGAGUGGCAGCAACUGGACCCUGCUCAGAGGACCCUGUACAGGGACGUAAUGCUGGAGAACUACAGCCACCUGGUCUCAGUGGGGUAUCCAGUUUCCAAACCAGGUGUCAUAUCUAAGUUGGAACAAGGAGAAGAGCCAUGGAUUAUGAAGAGAGACAUAUCAAAUUGGAUCUAUCCAGACAGGGAGACUAGACUUGACACACAUCAAUUGGAUACACUUGGAGAUGUUUACUUUCAUAAGGACAUACUGGAAAGUGUCACAAGGGAUCAUUCAUUGUACUCCGUUUUAAAGGUCUGGCAAGGUGACCAGCUGGAGAGAGAUCAGGAAAAUCAAGACAGACUUCUCAGGCAAGUCACAAUCAUCAACAACAAAACAGUUAUUGAAGAGUCAAGCUAUACAUAUAAUGCAUUUGGAAAAAUAUUUCAUAACUGCACAGACCUAGAUACUUCAAGACAAAGACUGUAUAAGUGUGAUUCAUUUGAAAAGAGCUUGGAACCUACUGUAAACCUAUUCAGUUGUAAUAGGGGUUAUGCAAGAAAAAACACAGAUGAGAAUUUUGGAUGUGGGAGAACACCUAGUUCUUCCUAUUCUAAGCAUGAAAAAAUUCAUAAUAGAGUGAAACACUGUGCAGGUAGUCAGUAUGGAAACAUCAUCAGCGAUAAACAAUCUCUUAUUCAAUAUGUGAAUGUUGAAACUGGGGAGAAGAUCUGUGUAUGUAUUGAAUGUGGAAAAUCUUUUCUCAAGAAGUCACAGCUCAUUAUACAUCAAAGAAUUCAUACUGGAGAGAAACCUUAUGGUUGUAGUGCUUGUGGAAAAGCCUUCAGUGAGAAAUCACAUCUCAUUGUACAUCAGAGGACACAUACUGGGGAGAAACCUUACGAAUGUUCUGAAUGUGGAAAAGCCUUCUCUCAAAAAUCAUCCCUCAUUAUCCAUCAGAGAGUUCAUUCUGGUGAAAAACCAUAUGAGUGUAGUGACUGUGGGAAAGCCUUCUCCCAGAAAUCACCCCUCAUUAUACAUCAAAGAAUACAUACUGGUGAAAAGCCAUAUAAAUGUAAUCAGUGUAGGAAGGCCUUCUCCCAGAAGUCACAGCUGAUUAUACAUCAUAGAGCUCAUACUGGAGAGAAGCCCUAUGAGUGUACUGAAUGUGGAAAAGCUUUCUGUGAGAAGUCCCACCUCAUCAUACAUAAAAGGAUUCACACAGGGGAGAAACCCUACAAAUGUGCUCAGUGUGAGGAAGCCUUCAGCAGAAAGUCAGAACUCAUUAUACAUCAGAUAAUUCAUACUGGGGAGAAACCUUAUGAAUGUACUGCAUGUGGGAAGACCUUCUCCCGGAAGUCACAGCUCAUUAUACAUCAGAGAACGCAUACUGGAGAAAAGCCCUAUAAAUGCAGUGAAUGUGGAAAAGCCUUCUGUCAGCAGUCACAUCUCAUUGGACAUCAGAGGAUUCACACAGGAGAAAAACCUUAUGUUUGUACUGAAUGUGGGAAAGCCUUCUCUCAAAAGUCUCACCUCCCAGGACAUCAGCGGAUUCAUACAGGAGAGAAACCUUAUAUAUGUGUUGAAUGUGGAAAAGCCUUUUCCCAGAAGUCAGACCUUGUUGUACAUCAGAGAAUUCAUACUGGGGAGAAACCUUAUCAAUGUGCUGUAUGUGGAAAAGCCUUCAUCCAGAAAUCACAACUCACUGUACAUCAGAGAAUUCAUAUAGUGGUGAAAUCAUAAGAAUGGACUAAGCAUAGAAAAGCCUUCAGUAUCUGUUCAAGCCUUAAUAAGUACAACAAAACUCACAGAUUUAAUGUGUUUCUAGGCAUCUUUGUUGGUACUAUUUUACAAAUGAAAUCAUAUUUCUAAUGUAAUUAAUUUUUUUAUCAAAGAUAAUACAAGAGAAUAAAAAAGUUUUGUUUAUAUAAAUUUUCACUUUGGCAUGUUAAACUUUUAAGAUUUGGAACUGAAUGAUUAGCAUAACAGAACAAAUUACAUAUAGUCUAUUUUAAAGUUACAUGUUCCUGCUUAUACUACAUAAUAAGUUAGGCAUGUGGUAAUAUUGUUAAUGUUAGCCUCUCGUAAUUACGGCCAUGCAGUAAUUCCCCAAAGAGGACAUGAAGAAAGCAUGAGUCAAAAAGUGCCAAGACCUAGAAACUGCACUAAGGGGAGGGGACUUGACCAUCAGACCCUAAAAGUAUAUGUAAAAUUCUUCUUAUACAAUGAUGGAAAGAUGGGUUGAAAAGGUUCAAUAAAUGUGGUCUUUUUGUGUUUUUUAAUUUUGAUAAUAUAAGUUGAUUUGUGUCUGUGGAUGGACCCAGGACCUUGGAAUUGACACUGCUUGCUCAUUUCUCCCUUUUACCCCACCCUUCUAGGAGCUUGGUGUGGUGGAAAGACAUUGGUUCUAAAGUCAGAUGGCCAUGAGUUUUAACCCUUGUUCCCUUAUUAAUAGAUUGUGUGACAUCUAUGAAGACCUUUUUAACCCUCAGUGUCUGUUUGCUCAUCUGUAUGUGAAAUCCUGGCAGACAGCACAUGUUUUUUUUUUUUUAGUUACUUCUGAUAUAUGCAUUUUAAAGUAAUAACUAGAAUUAUGACUUACAUCAUUAUACCAGAACAUAUAAGAUUUUUAGAAAUUUCAUGUAAUGUCUGAAACAUUUAUAUUAACAUAUUUACAUACAAAUAACCCAAAGAAAAUUUAAUAUUAGUUGUUUUUUUUGUUUUUUUUUUAUACUGCAGGUUCUUAUUAGACAUCAAUUUUAUACACAUCAGUGUAUACAUGUCAAUCCCAAUCGCCCAAUUCAGCACACCACCAUCCCCACCCCACCACGGUUUUCCGCCCUUGGUUUCCAUAUGUUGGUUCUCUAAAUCUGCAGACAGCACAUUCUUAGCUAAUAUUUGUCCUGUUUAUCCCUCUCUCUUCUCUUGAAAUAGGCUACUAAUUCCAAUGUGCACACAUUUAAAUUUGAUUUGCAUUUAAGACACACUGCUUCUGAUCUCAGAUUUCCUGUCCUCUCCUUUGUCCAUUUCACUGCCUUUGUGUCUGGUGAUAUAACUCAUGCUAUGUUAAAGAGACCUCAAUUACUUUUCAUUUAUUUUAUUUUGCAAACACAUACAAAUUGUGAUAUAUCUAUAUCUGUAUCUAAUUCAUUCUAAUAUAUAUAUGGAAAUACUAAGGGACAAGAAUAGGCAAGUCACUCAUUAAGAACAAAUGUUAGAGAAUUGAUCAGACUGAGGUUUCCCACAAAGCUGUAGUAAUGUAGGCAAUAUAGUAUUGACACAAGAGUGACAAAAAUAGAUGAAUGAAAUGAGAGCCUGAAAAUGAAAAAAUUAUAUAUGAGUAACUUUAUGACAAAAGUGGUAUUGUAAUCAGAAGGGGAAAAAUUUUUUUAAUAAAUUGUUCUGGGUCAAUUAAUCUAAAUAUAAAUAUGAAAUGCAAAAUGACAAAGUUUCCAGGUAGUUAUAUAGGAGACUUUUCAUAGCCUUAGGAUAGGGAAAAAUGUUUAACACUGUGCAUGAAGAAAAGAUUGAUAAAAUGGCUUAUAUUAAUAUUAAAAUUUCUUCUGUGUUAAAAGAAGUGAUUAGUUUGGAAUAAACUUGGAUGUAUCUAGCAAAAUUACAUAUGCCAUUUCUAAACAUUUUUAGGAAUCUUCUAAAGAUAUGUUGGAGAAAUAUUAAGAGAUGCAUGCUUGGGACUUCCCUGGCAGCCCAGUGGUUAAGACUUCGCCUUCCAAUGCAGGGGUGCAGCUUCGAUCCUUGGUUGGGGAGCUAAGAUCUCACAUGUCUCAGGGCCAAAAAACCCAAAACAUAAAACAGAAGCAAUAUUGUAACAAAUUCAAUAAAGACUUUAAAAAUAGUCCACAUCAAAAAAAAUCUUAAAAAAAAAAGAGGUGCAUACUUAUGUUUAUUCAUCAUAGCACUAUUCACAGCAGAAAAAAGACAGUAAACAGCCUGAAUGAUUAUUGAUAGAAAAUGUUUAAAUAUAGUGUAUCUGCACACUGGGGACCGUGCAACUCUAAAAAGGAAUGAGAUACGUCUUUUUAUACUCUCCAUUCAUGUUCUUAAAUAAAACAAGGCACAGAGAAUUACAGUACACUGUCUUCUAAGAAAGGCAGGUAGUGGUGGGAACAAGUGGACAUAUUUUCUUAUAUAUAAGUACAGAUGCUGAAAGGAAAGACCCAAAUAUUAAUUAAAAUGUUUUGUUCUAAGGUGACUGAACAUGGUGGAAAGGAUAGUGAUAUCCCUUAGACCUCUCAUGAAAUGUAAGUUGCUUUUGUAUAAUUGACUUUGGAACCAGGUAAAUAGUAUAGAUAGUAACAAAACAAAGUCAAAAUGAAGUGACACCUAAAAAUUUAGCAAAAUGAAACUAA